UGACAGUCCUAAAAAUCAGCAAACCGUUACUGUUACGUAAAAACCUGUGCCUUUCGAGCAAUAGGCGUGAUUCUGGUUUUUGUCUGUGGCAUUACACUUCACGAGCCGGGUCGCACAGGUGCAACGGACGGCUGCAUUCCGGUUUGUAUAACUGUACUCAAGAUGCCUGUAGAUAUCCUUGCUUAUGGCUAUGCAGCUACUGUUGCAGCUGGUGGCAUCAUUGGCUAUGCAAAAGCAGGUUCGGUGAUGUCCCUUGGCGCCGGCCUGCUGUUUGGCGGCACCCUGGGUUACGGUGCGCAUCAGGUGUCGCAGGACCCCCAAAAAUACCACCUCUCGCUGGCCACCAGCUCUGUGCUCACCACGAUGAUGGGCUACCGUUUCUUGAGCGGCGGCAAGUUCAUGCCCGCAGGCCUCAUCGCCGGCAUCAGUGUGCUGUUUGUGGCCCGCUAUGGAGUCCGCGCUCUCACCGGCACCAAGCAGUAGAGCGGGGAUCAGCUGACGCCGACCUCCACCGGACAUGGUGGGCUCUUCCAGGCCCUCUGCGGCGUGGCUUGGCCCGCUCGUCCGGCGCGGCCCACCGGCCGUUCGUGGCCGCGAGGCCUCGCCGAAGGCUAUUUGGAUGUGGAUGCUCUCUGACUGGAGUCGUGGAUGGGUUUCUUUAUCUUGCAGUGCAGGUGCCCUUGUUGAGUGAUAUUUGGAACAAUUUUUUUUGCGAGGCUGAGCCUUCUUUCCAAGUGGCUUACUCCCCUGCGACGUUGAGUCUAGUUUUCCGUGAACUGAGACCAAGCGUUCGACCAAUGCUCUUGUUUGGGGCCUUCCUCUUCGGUGAAUGAGGACGAAUCUAGCUCGGAAAUGUACAGGGCACGUUGUUUGCAUUUGUACACCGUACUUCAUUAAGCCAUUUACCGCAAUGAGGAGAUCGAAAUAUUGUCUCAAACGCGGCUGCAUAAGGUUAUUGUUUGGUGCAGGUUUAUGGGCAUUGGGUAGUCAUGUGUCUUUAAGGUUUCUGGGUUUGAAAGCCCCUGGUCACACACGUUUAUCUGUAAUUCGCGAGGUGAUGGAGGUUUACUGGUGGAAAAAGAUGGGCUGAAGCUUCCAUUGUAGAGUGAUCCCACUCUAGAAUGGUAUGCUUCUAGAACGCACGGCAGUGACAGCGGCCGUCUAAUCCUCUGUGGUGUUGGUUGCGCUGGAGCUUCCGUUGUUGUUAGCUAUGGAAUGGCAUGCCUUUGUGACUUGCUGUGGCGACUGUGGUUAGCUGACCUUUCCUGCAGCCAGGACGAGUCGGUUGUUUCGGCGUCGAGUCACAUCCUCUGUAGUGUGCAUGCAUUUGCAGACCAAACUUGUGCUGGACGAUGGACCGCCACUGAAACGGCUGUGGAAUCAAUCAAUACAGUGGUGUGUCUGCCAGAGCCAUCUU